UGUGAAGGCGCUGUGUUAUGAUAAGAGACGUAUCGUUCCCUGGUCUAGGUUCGAUGCUGUGUGAUCGGUGCGAAGAGAUGGUAACUUACAAGGCUCAUAAAUGUUUGCUGAUUUCAGGACAUGGUGCUGGCGUUUGUUUUUAAUAUACAAACAUAUCGCCCAGAGAUUGUCUGCCGCUCUAUUUCAAACGAUGUCUCUGGUAAGUCAUCGGAUUGUAAAAUUUAAAAAAAUGUCUCAUAAUUACGAUUGGAUUUGUUUUGUUUUUUUAAAUUACAAACCCCAAGAAAAGAGGAAUGGGAAAUGACGGGGUCAAAAUGUGAUGCCAAUAGCUACAAAUAUUAAUUACAUUUUAUUUUUAAAAAUUAUUUCAUUACAACUUGUUUAUUUAAUUUUGAAAUUAAACAAUUAAAAGCUUUUAAAACAUUAAGUACAGGGUAAAGUAACUUAUUUUCUUUUUAAACAUGAAUGUGUCAAAAUGUGCAUCAGCAAAAUUGUGUUGUUACUUUUUAAUAAAAUGAUAUAAAAAGAAAGUUGGUCUAUUUUUAGCAAACUAGGGGGAUAAGGGCGUGAAGAUCUAGAAGAGUGAGCAAAAAACAGAACGAGGCGCUGUGUUAACCUUUGAGGACCACUUAGGUAAACGUUUGUCUAAUUGUACAAAAGGACAAAACUACAAAUUAAUUUGGGGAUCAGCUGAUUAUAUAUUUGAUUUAUCAAUUAACAUUUUUAUUUUUUUUUUAAACUACCGUGCUCCACUUAUUAUUGCUAAGGCCUUACAUUGUCGUAAAUUGUUCUCAGAGUAACGAAUUAGUUAGUUGUUAUUAUAGUAUUCCAAUAGAUUUUUGCAUAAUUAACAAUUUAUUCUCAAGUAAUGUAAGCCAGCUUUGACGCAUUUUUCGAAGGCACUGAAGCCGUACAUUUUAUCUGACACCCCCCCCCCCUUUUUUCCCCUUUCCACUUUUUUUUUAUAUUAACACAAAAGUUCAUCGAAAACCUUUUGAUAUAUUGUAUAUAGUUUCACUAUAAAUGUGAUCUGAUACAUAUUUAUAUUUCUUAUUUCAGUUUAACUCAACUGACGCUAAUUUUGCAGAUUUAUUUUAUAUACACUGGAAAUGGAUUUUUAAAUCCUUGUCAUAUUUAAUGGAUAUGGGUAAAGAUUUCUUAUCAACCAGGAAGUUAUUCUAGGGAAUUCCCAAUCAAACAUUUCUUACUUGAAGAAGAUUCUCAGAACAUCACCAAGGAAGUUUGUAUAAAAAGGGGGGUUAUUUUUUUAUUUUGGUGAAAUACCCGAAGAUGAGUUACAGAUCUUUCAUGUCGAUACACCUAAAUACAGCUAAGGAGAUAGCGAAUCGUCCUGACCUAAAUCACUCAAAGUGCACACAAUGCUUCAUCGGGUCGGAAACCGAAGGAGGAGCCACCAUCGAAGAUGGAAGAACAUUGCUGAUGAUUGCAGCAGAGAAGGGCCAUGUUGAAUGCAUGAAAGGGUUUCUCACGGCCGGGGUCAAUCCCGAAAUGCGCUGCAUUCAGGGGAAAACAGCCUUAAUGUAUGCCGUGGAGAAUGACAAGCCCGAGUGUGUGGAGUAUCUUCUCCAGAACAGGUCUGAGGUGAAUAACACAGACAAACAAGGCAACACACCGUUGGCAGUGGCGUCAAGGGCUGGGCAUCUGAGCUGUUUACAAAUUCUGCUCAGCUACGGGGCAUCAGUUCAUCAGGCCAACAUGGACGGGGUGACGCCUCUGAGUCUAGCGGCGUUGAACGACAAGCAUGAAUGCUUGAGACAGCUGAUCACUUCCGGUGCGUGCGUGAAUAGAAAAAGCAAAAAGGGAAUCACAGCCUUGAUGAACUCGUCCGCUAAAGGGUGCCCGACGUGCAUUAGAACGUUACUCAAAGGAAGUGCGCGGGUUAACGAAAGGGACGUGAAUGGUGCUGGGGCCCUAUCUCGCGCCGCCUCUGGGGGAUUUCGAGAAUGCGUCGAAGCUCUAUUGGAAGGAAGGGCAGACAUGAAUGCUAGGAAUUAUCAAGGCGUGAAGCCUGUAAUGGCAGCUGGCAUGUACGAAAGGCAUGAGAUUGUGAAACUACUUCAAACAUGGGGGACGAAUGUAAAAGAUAAUUCUCAAUUUAAAGUACUUCAUAAAAAAGUGGACACAUGUCCUGAGCUUAUAGACACUACCUCAAGCUCGCCUACAAUAUUAAAUGAAAAAGAUAAAAAAAAUCUUAAACAAUCCCAAAUUAAAGAGGAAAUAGAAGAGUCUGAUUUUAUUCAUGGUGAUGCAGAUUCAAUUCCAACGAAAGAGGACUAUGAUUUAAAAUCUUUAAGUACCAAUGGGGUCAAUAGGAAAUGUGCUUUUGAAAAUGGCCGGACAGAUCUCAUGGAGGCAGCAACUGCUGGGCAUGCAGAAAAGGUGCAAAGGUUGCUUGAGAACAACUCAGAAGUGCGUGCCGUAGAUGUUUAUGGAAACACGGCCUUAUCAUACGCUGUUCAAAAAGGUCACUUAGAUUGUGUUCUAAUCUUGAUCAAAGCCGGCGCCGAUGUUAACAACGUCAAUCAUAAAGGGAUGUCACCAAUCAUGGAAGCCGCUGCGAACGGUCAUGUUGGUUGCGUUCGGGAACUUUUAAACUCCGGAGCCGAUGUCACACUGCAAGACGCAGACGGGUCUACAUCUCUUGCGCUUGCUGUUAAGAAGGGUUGUUUCCAGUGUGCUCAGAUGUUCAUCGAGCCAUCUCCAGUGAUGAUAAAAAAUUCACUGCAAAGCGAAAUGCAGAAUAAAUACGCCAAAAAUAUCAUCAACCCAUGCGUUAACCUUAUUGACAUCCACGGCAACACCCCGCUCAUGCUGGCCACAAUGGUGGGAAAUGUAAAUUUCCUGCGCAUUCUGAUACAAGGCAGAGCCAGGCUUAACAUACAGAACAUGCGUCGUGUCACAGCCCUUAUGUACGCCGCUAAAAAUGGUCACUUGAAAUGUUUGAAGGUUCUCGUGCGGGCAGGCGCUGACUGCAAUUUAACAGACGAUAAUGAAAAUACGGCGAUUCAUUACGCUGCCAGGGUGAGCUCAAAAUGUCUUAAUGUAUUGCUGAGAGCUCGCGGUUCACUACCUAAAGUAAACUUGCAGAACAAGAUCUUGGAGACGGCUCUAAUGAAUGCAGCCGAGCAUGGUCAAAAUAAAUGUGUUCGUGCUCUGAUUUUAUCAGGCGCUGACGUACAUAUAAAAAACGCUUUCAAAGAUACGGCGCUGAUGAAAGCGAUUCGUGCCGGUCAUGUUCCUUGUGUUAAGAAACUUCUUGAAGGAAAUUCUCGCGUAAAUGUUACGAACGAAGAUGGGGAUACACCAAUAGCGUUAGCGGCAAAGAAAGAAGAUUUGGAGAGUUUGAAAUUACUGAUAAGUUUCAAUCCUGCUUUGGACAUUGAAAACGUAAUGGGAAUGACAGCCUUGAUGGAAGCUGCUGCUCAUUCAAAACCUGAUUGCUUAAAAUACCUUAUUGGGGCUGGAUCAGAUUUAAACCACAGGAAUGGGAAAGGUUUGACGGCACUCAUGAAAGCUGUGAGCAAAGGAAGUGCCGAGUGUGUACAUGCUCUGUUGGAGGCACGAGCUGAUGUUGACGUGGCUGAUUGCGAUGGAAAUACAGCCUUAAGUUACGCAGCGCAGCUUGGGGAUGUCUUUCUUUUGGACAGGUUGCUACACUACGGCGCUCUCGUAAACACUGUGAAUAUCCACGGGGUGACGCCCCUUAUGAUGGCAGUACAAGGUUCCCGCUCGGAUUGCGUUCAGAAUCUUAUCGCAGCAGGUGCCAUCACCGACCUGAGAAGAGCCGAUGGGUCAACAGCCUCAAGUGAUGCUCAGAAAAUUGGAGAUUCCAAGUGUCUGGAUAUUUUAACGGUUGGACAGACCAUUUCAGCAAGAUUACAAAACGAAAGAAACUCGGCUCUCAUUCUUGCCGCUAAGAAUGGCGACGUCGGUCUCGUCAACUCACUCCUUGAAUCUGGGGCUCUAGCGAAUGCUGUCAAUGAAGUCGGUGUGUCCCCCAUAAUGUUAGCAGCAUUGUACAAUAGGACGGACUGCGUUCAGGCGCUUAUCAAGGCAGGCGCCAACUUCGAUAGAAGGAGCCAAAAGGGGAUGACAGCACUGAUGAACGCGUCCAACAGAGGUCAUAUCCAUUGUGUUCGUCUACUGAUCGAAUCAAAGGCGCGCCUUGAUCUCGGAGAUCAUCAUGAUUUAACUUCAGUUGCAAGGGCGGCGCAAAGAGGUCAUGUGGAUUGUUUACUUGCUUUAAUUGAAGCAGGUGCUUCUGUCAAUCUUGCAAACAAAUCUGGUAUUACUCCUCUGAUGUUGGCCGCGCAGAAUGAUCAAACUGAAUGUAUUAGACAACUCAUAACUGCCGGAUGUGACAUCAACAGGCAUUGUAAGGCUGGAGUAACUGCCCUUUGUUAUGCAUUGGGCUCAGGUUUCAAUGAAAGUGCGAAGCUUCUGAUCGAAAGCAGAGCUGACCUUUACGCAGUCGGUCAAACCAGCACAGCAUUAAUCGUGGCGUCCAAAUCUGGAAAUAGUGAAAUGUUAAAAUAUAUCCUGGAAGCAGGAGCUGCCAUUAACGGACGGGAUAAUGACGGCCUAACAGCUCUGUCACAUGCUGUCAUAACUGACAGGCCCGAGUGCCUCCAAAUACUUAUUGACCAGGGGACUGACGUCAACGGUAGGUCAGUCACAGGGAAAACUGCGUUGAUGGAAGCCUCUGAACGAGGUCACUUUUCAUGCCUGGAGAGUCUUCUACUAGCACAUGCCAGAGUCAAUUCAAGAGACCACUAUGGUAAUGUAGCCUUGUCGUAUGCUGCGAUGCAUGGGCACACUACAUGUAUUAGAGCUCUUCUCUGUUGCGGAGCACUGAAUGAACUGUGCAACAAUCAAAUGGAGAGUCCGAUUUACAUUGCCGUAAAGAACAACAAAGCCGACUGUCUGGUUGAAUUUCUUGAAGCCAGCUCCAGUACUGGUAUGUGCGAAAAUGGCAAAGAUCUUCUUGUUUUAGCGUCAUCGAAUGGAUAUAUCAAGUGUGUUGAACAUUUAAUCCAAAGCAACGCAGAUUUAGAUGCGCAAGACGAUUAUGGUAACACAGCUCUUAUUCAAUCAGCUCAAGAAGGAUUUUUUGAAUGCUUAAAAAUACUUUUAGAAUCUGGGGCGUCAGUGGACAUUGCUAACAACAAAGGUGUUACCGCUUUGAUGAAAUCGACAUAUUUGGACAUCUAUGAUGGUGAAACGGACAUCAACGCUUUGACUGUAGAGUGUCAAAGGCAAUACAUGAAGUGCACAGAGCUUCUGAUACAGCACAAUGCACAAGUCGAUUUGUGUGAUAGUGAUGGUAACACGGCUUUGCACUACGCCGCAAGGCUAGGUAACGUGCCUUGCCUCAAAAUGCUGAUACACGCAAAUGCAAAAGUUGAUUUGAAAAACCAAGAAGGGAGAACACCCCUCAUGAUGGUGAACACAACCAUGAAGGC